AUGAAACAACCUGGUUACCAAGCUCAAGGACUUGCCUCCGUUGUUUUGAAAGUAAUUUUGCGCGAAAAUGCAGUGAAAAAAAUAAAAGAGCCCAUUGAAGUAAGCAUACGCCAUACAAUUGUAAUAUUCUCGCGCAGAGCAGUGAUGCUCACUGUUGGCAUGGUGGGUGUGCCACAAGAUAGUGCCGACUCAUCAGAAUGA